UAAGUCGCCUAGUAAAGUCAGUCACCAACAACACAUCUUUAUCUGGAGACGACCCUAGCCUUUACUUGACGGUCUGCCCUAACUUCAUCUGUUUUCUUCUUCGUUAAGAAUCUGAAAUCAAAAGUGUGGUUCUCUGUCAUUUGAUAUUCGACCCUCUCUCUCUCUCUCUUUCUCCUUCCUUUGAAUAUGGCCACGAGAUUGGAGAUCUGCUGCGAAAUCCUAUGCGCGAUUUUGCUACCUCCUGUUGGUGUUUGCUUCAGACACGGUUGUUGCAGCGUUGAGUUCUUCAUAUGCUUGCUGUUGACAAUCCUAGGUUACAUUCCGGGAAUAAUCUACGCUCUGUACGCGAUCGUGUUUGUCGAUCGCGAUAUGUACCGUGGCGAUUACUAUCACCAAGUUGCUUAGUAUUCGUUUUCUCCACCAUUUCCCUUUUGUGUGCUAAUGCUUUAAUCUCUGUUAUAAUGCUCAGAUCUGUAUUGAACCCAUUCACUGAGUUUAAACUUAAUUUUAUUUAAUAAUUGAACGUCUUUGAUUACUAUC